GACAACACUUCCCUUAGUGGUCUCGUUAUCUUACUGUCAAAUGAAUCAGAUACGAUGGUAAUGGACAUUCUGAAUAUAUUCUUAAUGCUCGUCAAAAAACCCGGGGGCAUCUCAUCACUCCGUAAGCUAUACGGACUAGAUGCUCAGCUGAAAUACCUGUCAGAGGCUGUAACGAGAGAUCCGCGCAUAGGUCAUGUAUCUUCGAGUCUUCUAAGGAUCCUUUUUACCAAAAAACCCGAGGAGUCAAAAAUAAGCCCCAAAAAACUGGAUUACAGGCGACCAAAGUCCAUUAUCGUUCAGUUAGUUGGAAAUGUAACUGAGACCGAUCUGAAGCUAAUAGAGUCCCAGAUUGUUCGCCUUCGUGGUGUCAUAAGUGUUACCUUUCAACUGCACAAAUGUCGUGUGGUGGUUUUCGCACAGAACCAUGUUGAUCCCGAACUCAUUCUUACAAAAGUCCGCGAGGGUUGUGACCUCGCCUCUUCCUCCGCUGGAAAUCGUAGUAUAUCCGCGCGUCCGAUUCUUCGACGGCAAAAAUCAGCGCGAACGGUGGUGGCCCAUAAUAGCGAUUCAGAUCGUCGAAGUUGCGCAACAACCGCCACGUUCAAGGUCCCUGCGUCUCGCGAACAGCCGCCCGCACCACACCCAUACCUUACAAACGACGCUGACCUCUUUGAAGUGGACUCUUCUCGCGGAGUGCCCCAACGCCAAGACAUGGUUGGUCAGGACCGGGGUCCCCAAGGCGGUGGCGGCAUUUCCGGUUGGCUUUCUGGUCUUAUGGAACGAACCCUCUUUUGGUAA